AUGGAAGGAGCUUCAGCCGUCGAUGAGAUCAACAAAAGCCUAGUCGAUCACGAUCAAUUGUUGAAGGAGUUGAAGGAAAAUUUGGAGAAGGCAUGGAACUGCAUGAAACAACAGGAAGACUGGAAGUGGAGGAAAGUGAUCUUUGAAGAAGGAGAUUGGGUGUACUUAAAACUCCCUCCCUAUCGGCAACAAACCGUCUUCCGACAAGCUUACCAAAAGCUAGCUCAGAAAUAUUUCGCCCCCUACCAAAUAACUGAGCGUAUAGGAUCAGUAGCAUACCGGUUGGCGCUACCAAAGACUGCUAAAGUCCAUCCAGUGUUCCAUGUCUCGCUUCUCAAAAGAAAAAUGGGAGAAGGCCAGACCUCCUGUACUGAUCUGCCAUCAAUAAAAGAGGACGGAAACCUGAUGCUCGAGCCUGAAUUGGUUAAGGAUUAUCGAUGGGUCCGCAAGGGAGGGAAGCUUACAGAAGAAAUCUUCGUAUAG